AUGUCGGAUAAGAAAGCUGACGAAGCCGCAAAUGAGUCCUCCAUCCCUUUGACAGUUGGUGGAGAAGAGACGAAACUGGAAGAGCCUCAUCAAGAUGUCAACAUCGAUCUGUUUGAUAGAGAUCCUAAUCUGCUGAAUGAUAACUGCAAGGUUUUCCAUGGGGCAAAGCUCUGGUGUUACCGCAUCUUCUCCCUGGUGCUCGGUCUCCCAUUGGCCUGCUGCUGGGGUGUCUACUUCGCCUGCCUGUCUUUCUGUAACAUUUGGUGCUGGAUCCCCGCGCUGAAGGCAUACGACAUUGAGAUGGGCUGCGUGCGCAGAGCCUGGUCAACAUACCUUGGGGCCAUCGUGGCACCGUGUUUUGAAGCCGUUGGCAAAAUAUUGUCUGGUAUUAGAGUCACACACAUCAACCAGAAUUGA